UGAGGAUUGCAAGUGAAUUUCUUGUAUUAUGUAAACGAAUUGUACUUGUGUUUGUUUACUUACUUUAUGUAAAACAAUACUAUGUAUUAAACGUUAAAGCAUACCUGUUAUCAGUGUCUAGUCAACAAUACUGACUCCUACCAAGUUAGAUGGAAUAUAUUUUUUCAGCGUUGCUAUUCGCGUUCCGUUUUGAGUAUGAGCGAUAAUAGAGCUCGAACGUGAUUCGUGAAAUAUCGUGGUACAAGUGUAGGGUCGGGCGAACGCUAUCGUUCGUCAGUCAUCAGUACUGCGCUACCGUCGCCGCAGCGUGGUGCUGUCCGCAUAUUAAAACGAUCGUUAAUUGAACCGUUCCAGGUUAUUUACAGUUCGGUUGUGUACAUUACAAUCAUGUCGUAACCAGUGGAAGCUUCCCCAUUGAUCCGUUAACGGUUGAACCGUACUCUUGAACUGUCCGCGGUGAACAUGGCCCCCCAUACAUUGAACGUUAUCGAGCAUCCUAAAGGGAUGCGUAAAUCGUGAAAUCGUGUCGUGCUAUGUAUUUACAAUAUAAUGUCAUUUUACGAUUAUAUUAAUGAUGUUUGUGCUGUUUUAGUUUUCUCUUUUAACUAUAGGCGGAAAACGAUAUUAAGAUGAACGUUGCUGGAUUACUUCACAUAAUAAGAUAUACGUCAAUAUCUAUGAGAUAUUUAUGAGAAGAUAAUUAUUGACUGUAAAGUGUAGUGAAAUAUAACAAUGGAUUCGAACAUACAAUAAGUGUAGUGUUAUAAAAUAGUGUAAGCAGAAAUGGAGGGUGCCAUAUUGAGCACCCCAAGUAGCAGCAGAUUUCGCGCUCAUUUGAAGAAUGCGGCGACGGCUCUGUGCGCGAGGACGCUGCCUAAGACUCGAUGCAGCGAACAGUCGGCUAGUUCAGCUCGGCAUCACACGUAUCCAAGGACUACUCCUCCCAAGAGAGCUGCUAUACCGUGCAGGAUGGAACCACUCAUGUGUGAACUGCCAACAUUACAGACAGAAGCCAUCCAUCGUGUCACACCAGCGACGAGCAAACCCAAUGGGGUUAAAUUGAAGGGAACGUUCGCUAGGGAGGUGGCGCACGCUUGGGAGUGCCGCAUCGGCCCGCCCGACCAUCCGGCGCCCGCCCACCGUGUGCAGAGCCUCUUCAACGAUAUCGAAUUGUAUCCAACUAAAACACAGGUUUUUGAGAUGCUGGUCUGUGCACGUCAGUGUGCACGCAGAAAAUCAUUAAUCCUAACGUUUGGGGAGUUUUGCGUUUUCGCCGCUGAACUACGACGCUGUUCCAGACAAACAAGACAAACAUCGAACAAACCGGAUUCGCCCGUGAGGAAUCUAGACAAAGAACUACGGGAUAAAGAAGCUAUAUGCAAAUAUGUUAACGGCAGCGAGGCGUCGCCACCUCCUUGCGAGGUGUUCCUCGGGGGAUCCUGCAACCCCACAACUUGGCGGUCAGACAUCGCUAUACCGAUGCUCAAGAAGAUGGGCAUCACGUAUUUCAAUCCACAAGUAGAGGACUGGUCGACGGAGCUGAUAGAGGUAGAACAUCGUGCGAAGGCGGAGGCGAGAGCGUUACUGUUCGUGUUGGACAGCGAGACGAGGGCUGUGGCGGCCAGCGUAGAGGCAGCACACCUCGCUGCCGCGCCCAGAGACCUCCUGCUGGUGUUGAGGCCCUACUCCAGACAUCAGACUAUAGGACGAGAGACUAUAUCGGAUCUGGAAUACGUAGAGCUGUCUCGAGCCCGAGCCACAUUACAAGAGGCUGUAGAGCGGCGCGGUCUGCCGGCCUUCACAGAUAUUCCGGCGGCGCUGCGGUGCGCGGGCGCAGUGCUUCGCGGCGCCCGUACGCACCCCCGACACUCGUUGGGCCACACAAUCCUACGGUUGAAACGCGCGUACGAUGCAGCCGGCGGUAGAAACGCUCGUCUGCCGCGCUCUAGAGCAGUCGACGCUCUUAAGGAGGCGACUCGAACGCCGCGUGACGUCGCCGAGCGCUGCUUACCGCCUAAUGCUACCACUGUGGACUUUGAAACGUUCUGUGCCGCUGUUGCCGAAUUAGCCUCUGAUAAUGGACCCCAUACACCGCGCUCGCCGUCCGUGUCGAGCGUCGCCUCGCGUGUCCGCCGCGCGUUCCGCUCGCUCCGUGAUUUACUAACGUCAUCUACUUUGACGUCUGAUUACCGUAACGGUCAAGAGGAACGUUCAGAUCGCCCUGAAGCGAGCAGCUCGGAGAGGUCCCGCGAGAAUGGACUUAGGGUUCACAACGCCCGGUUGAGGGCCUACGGGCAGAAACUAUCUCUAUAUAUACCUAAGAAUGUCAGUCGUACGGAGGAGGGGUCAGCUCCCAAGUCUGGUGAUUCAGUGUUAACGCCGGGCACGGAGCGCCGCCUCGAGCGUCUGCCCUCCAUGGUGGCGCACACGCACGACGUCUACCUAGGAGGAAACUUCCCGACGAACAGCACCAGACCAGAGGAGGUGCUCCGCCGCGAAGGUUACACGUACGUGGUCCCGCGAGCUAACGACUACACACGGAUGUUCUCAGCACCCGCAAGGCGGACGGCGCCUACCACGGAUUCGCCAUGCAGGGACAAGAAACCGCGGCCCGACCACGACCACGACCACGAUGACCACGGUGACCACGGUGACCACAAUCCUGAGAGAACGGAACGACCCUCACCCACCGCCCUCUCGCCGACGGAUGUGGUGUUCAGGGAGAAGACUGCUGACGAUAGAACAGCUGAUCGCUUGAGCGCCUCAGACUUCUAUAAAGUGUCGGAGGAUAUAACACCGCAGCCUUUCAAAGGUACAUAUGAUGAGGAGCAGUUGGCUGGGUCUCGAGUGGCGUUGUUCAGCCUGAGCGCGGAGGCGCCGGGGUUUGCGGCCAUGGUGUUAGCGGCGCACCACAUGGGGCUGCGAGCCAGUAACACUGUACUGCUAGUACAAACCAUGGACCGAGAUAGAGCGCCCAAGUACAGCGAAGCGGCCGUUAAGGACUACAACCGCGGCCGACACUACCUUAUAGAUCUGGCUCGCCGAGCCGCCGUGCCUGUGUUCGACAACCUGGACGCGGCCAUGGCCUGCGUUAUAGACAAACUGAGGACCACCAACUAAUUAUAAACAGCCAGUGACAACCCUAGCGUAAUACUGGCACAGAUUAAAAAAGUCUAGUUGAAAAUCUUACUAGCAAUCCUUUACAACUAUAUAUAAUAUUACAUUUCUAAGUUUUAUCAUAGCAUUGGAGCUAGACCAUCCCGAGUACUGAGAUACGUCUUUACUCGUCAUUAUUUAUUUAUUAUGAUAUGUUAGUACAUAUUAAUGAACUGUAUCCCGGUCGCUCAUACUAAGCCAUCACAGGAUAUACAAUUUUUUUAACAUAACUAUACAAAUUUUGUUAGUCUAUAAACUAGAACGCUUUAACGAAGAAUUCUAUGCUCAGUACAAACACCAGUUGGUUGAAGAUCGGCCCAUAUUAAUUAUAUAAUAAUGUAUAUGCUAUCGCGAAUCUCAUAAGACUUACGUGAGUCGGGUUCCCCAUACGUAACUAUAGAAUUUGUAUCACAUCACUACGUAACGGAAACAUCACAAGACUAUUCAAUACCUUGCCGGCAUUUCCAACGAGUCUCACACACAUGUACUUAUAUCUCACGAGUUGAUAGUUUCGAUUUUGGAACACUUUAGUCUAGUACAAACAAUCUCUCUUUUACUUCGUCACUCUCUAUAUCUGUAAUGAAAGUGUAGCCAAUAAUAUAUAAAGUAUGAAAGUAACCGCGUGGAAGAUAAUGAAUAACAUUGAGUUCAACAAAUCUCUGUGAUGAAUUUGUUUAGGGAAUUAUUUUGCUGUAUUUUCAAUGCAUAAGUAGUUUAGCGUGUAAUAAUAAUGUAGGAUCUAAAUGCAGGCGGAGAAUGAUAAUAUUAUGUUAACAUUUUAGUGAAUCUUAACAUGACAAAUGCACAUGUCAGUACAGAGUGAGUGGAGCGCACGUUCAGAAAUCCUAUGUUAUUUACAUGGAACGGGAGCUUAAAUUGACUGAUGUUAUAUCUUAAAGUGUUGUUUGUCGUACUGUUUAGGAUGUAUGGUGGGUCUUAUAGACAAUUCUCUCAAAUUGGAUCUUUUAAAUGUAUUGGCAUAGUGCUGUUAAUUAAUAUGCGAACAUUUACUAAACAAAUUCGGAUAAUGGAAAGUACAAAUAUGUCUUGCUCAUGUAGCAACUAGCGAAUAUAAAAAUAUGUUGUAAACGUUAUAUGGAAUAAAUUUCUUAUGCAAAAUUAAUCUUUUAUCACAUUAUACUCAUUUUUAAAUUUAAUUUUAAUGAUUUUUAUAGAUUUCUAAAAAAAUUCAUAUGCAAAAUUUUACUUACGAAUAUUUGGUCAGGCUUUUAAAGCCGAUCCCAUACCUUAUUUAGGUAGCAUAGGUAACAUAAUAUUUCUCUUUAGGAUUUAAGUCGCAAAACACUUGACCCACUGUCGCUAAAAUAUUACAAUUUGAUAUAAUCGGCAAAUAUUAUUUGCUAGUCACAUUAUCCAUUAACAUUAUUAAGUACUCUGUAAUAUUGUUUGAUAGUACAAAAAUCUAAUUUAUAGUGAAAAAUAUUUCAUAUAUUAAUUGUAAUUAUAUGCCAUGUACGCUUAUUUUAAACUAAAACAUCACAUGUAAAUAUAGAAAAAUUGUAAUUA